AUUCUCCGCUCCAUCUCCCAUAAAGUAGACAAAACUGUUGCUCCUGAAUUCUCUGAUUCACAAUGGAGAGCUUCGCACUCUCCACCUCCUCCUUGUUCAUUCACAAGGGCUCCACCCUAGUCCGCCGCUCCACACCAAUCCUGAGAUCCCCGCCCUCCAUCGCCCUCCAUCGCCCUAAUUGUAAGGCAUGGAUCACAUCCCCAAAUAAAAAGACCUCCCAUUUCCGAAUCCAUGCCUCUCAAACCACACCUCCGCCACCGCCACCGCCACCGCCACCGCCUCAAGGCGCCAAAAUCGCCCCCUUGAUCCUCUCCGUCGCCAUAGGCCUCGCCGUCCGGUUCCUGGUCCCCAAACCCGUCCAAGUCACCCCGCAAGCCUGGCAAUUGCUCGCCAUUUUCUUAUCCACCAUCGCCGGCCUCGUUCUCAGCCCCCUGCCCGUCGGCGCUUGGGCUUUUCUGGGCCUCACAACCUCCGUUGUCUCCGGAACUCUGACGUUUCCGGCGGCCUUCAGCGCUUUUACCAGUGAAGUAAUAUGGCUCAUUGUGAUUUCCUUCUUCUUCGCUCGCGGCUUCGUGAAGACGGGUUUGGGCGAUCGCAUUGCCACCUACUUUGUCAAGUGGUUGGGGAAGAGCACUCUGGGCUUGUCUUAUGGAUUGACCAUCAGCGAGGCCCUUAUUGCUCCGGCAAUGCCCAGUACUACUGCAAGGGCCGGCGGUGUUUUCUUGCCCAUUAUUAAGUCUUUGUCACUCUCUGCAGGGAGUUUACCUGGCCACGCCUCCAAAUCAAAGCUCGGUUCUUAUCUCCUUAUGUCUCAGUUUCAGUCCGCUGGUAACUCUAGUGCUCUUUUCUUAACGGCUGCAGCUCAAAAUCUGCUGUGCCUUAAAUUAGCGGAGGAACUUGGGGUGAUAAUUUCAAGCCCUUGGGUUUCUUGGUUCAAGGCUGCUAGCUUACCAGCACUUGUUUCGCUACUUGCUACUCCACUAGUCUUAUACAAGCUUUUUCCUCCUGAAACAAAGGACACCCCUGAUGCCCCUGCCAUGGCUACAAAGAAACUGGAGAGUAUGGGCCCUGUCACAAAAAAUGAAUUCAUUAUGGUCGGUACAAUGCUUCUUGCUGUCACUUUAUGGGUCUGCGGAGAGGCUCUUGGUAUACCAAGUGUUGUAGCGGCAAUGAUUGGCUUAUCUGUACUCCUUUUGUUAGGUGUCCUUGAUUGGGAUGACUGCUUAAGUGAAAAAUCAGCAUGGGAUACUUUGGCUUGGUUUGCUGUUCUAGUAGGUAUGGCUGGCCAGUUGACAAACUCCGGUAUUGUUACGUGGAUGUCUAGUUGUGUUGCAAAGACGCUACAGUCUUACUCCUUGAGCUGGCCAGCUGCAUUUGGUGUUCUCCAGGCAGCUUACUUCUGCAUCCACUACCUCUUUGCAAGUCAAACCGGUCAUGUGGGAGCUUUGUACUCUGCGUUUCUUGCCAUGAACUUGGCUGCUGGGGUACCUGGUAUUUUGGCAGCAUUGGCUUUAGCUUACAACACAAAUCUUUUUGGGGCUUUAACACACUAUAGCAGCGGUCAGGCUGCCGUUUACUAUGGAGCUGGUUAUCUAGAUCUUCCUGAUGUGUUCAAAGUCGGGUUUAUCAUGGCUCUUGUUAAUGCUGUCAUCUGGACGUUAGUAGGGUUAUUCUGGUGGAAAUUUUUGGGCCUGUACUGAUUCCAGUUUCUUUUUAAGUAGGUUAUGCUCUUCCCUGCUCUUACUUUCAGGGAACAAUUGAACUCAUUAUUUGAUUGCAAACAAAGUUUCCAGAUUUUAUUCCAAAUUUAUAUUAGCUUUAUACUGAGAGGUGAAUGAUUGUAUUGGCGGGAAGCCCAUAAAUAAUCACAAAUCACGCACAAUGAUCGCUCUUUUUUAUUUGCACUCAAAUUGGAGC